AUGUCGGCGGCCGCUGGUGUUGCUCCGAGCGUGCCGAACCUCAACCUCCGAGACGAUGAGAGGGCAUUCUACGACCGUCUCUUCAACCAGGCCUCUCGUGACGGGGAGAAGAUCACCGGCGAUGUAGCCGUCCAGUUGUUUGAGAAGACGACGCUGGACUCGACGACUCUGGGAACGAUAUGGCAGAUUGCCGAUAUAGCAAACCAGGGCCAGCUCAAUAGGCAAGGCUUCUACGUCGCCCUUCGCCUCAUUGGCCAUGCCCAAGUCGGAAAACAGCCGAGUCCCGAGCUGGCACUUCAGCCUCCUCCGCAUGGACGCCUCCCCGAGUUCGCAGGCAUCACGCCGGUUACUGCCAUUCCUCCACCCCAGGCCCCGACCCCCAUCGCGCCCCAGGUCUCCGGUGGUAAUAUCAUUCCCAAGCUGAUUCCUGAAAAGGGCAGCCGGUAUGUCUCCCUGUUUGCAGCUCAAAACCUGCACGACAGCAAGUUCCUGCCAGGCGAGCAGGCCAGGACCAUCUUCAGCAAGUCCGGCUUGCCCAACGAGAUCCUCGGCAGGAUAUGGAGCCUGGCCGAUACGGAACAACGGGGUGCUCUUGCGCUGCCCGAGUUCAUCAUCGCCAUGCAUCUGAUUACGUCCUUUAAACAUGGCGAACUUCGCUCACUGCCCAACGUUCUACCCGCUGGUCUGUAUGAGGCGGCCAUACGCAUCGCGUCGACGGCCGCCUCCAGGCAAUCGCCCGCCAAUACCGGCGGCAUUACGGCCAUCCCACGACAACUGAGCGGCCCGGCGCAGCAGCAGCAGAGGACAGGAAGCCCGCUCAACCGUCCGCCGAUGGUCGCUGCUCAGGCUACUGGCGCCCCCGUGCCGAACAACGAGUGGGCCAUCACUCCGGCCGACAAGGCAAGAUUUGACCAGAUCUAUCUCGAUUUCGACAAGACCAACAAGGGAUACAUCACCGGCGAGGAGGCUGCGCCCUUCCUGAGUCAAUCGGGCCUCCCCGAGGACAUCCUCGCUCAGAUCUGGGAUUUAGCCGACUUCCACUCCCAAGGACAGUUGACGCGCGAGGGCUUCGCAAUUGCUAUGUACUUGAUCCGCCAGCAGCGCAGCAAUCGGGGGAUUCCAUUGCCCGCUACUCUCCCCCCAAAUCUGAUCCCGCCUUCGUUGCGGACUCAGAGCCGUCCUACGACCGCAGUCUCAUCAGCUUUUGAUGCCGCACCGGUUGCAGCCCAUGUUGCUCCAGCUGCUGUACCUGCCCCCGCUCCGCCGGCGCCCAAGUCUGCUCUCGACGACUUGUUUGGUCUCGACUCUUCUACUCCUAGCCCGGCGCCCCCUGCACCGGCGCAGACGACAAUGUCUACGGGAGGCUCCAAUGCCGAUCCAUUCGCCGGCGGCAUCAGCGCGCUUCACUCAGCUUCUCCGCCUGCGAAACCAUCAUCUCCCGUGGGCGUGACGUUUAGACCGUUCGUGCCAUCCUCCUCAUUUGGACGUGGCUUGGCUGGACACCCUGGGGCCGAGCAGGCGCGACCACACACCGCUUCGGAAGAUCUCCUUGGCGAUACUGAUCCCGAGGCAAACAAGGCCAUCUCGAAUGAAACAACCGAGCUAGCAAACUUGUCAAAUCAGAUUAGUUCCCUGGCGAAGCAGACACAAGAGGUUCAAGCCAAGAGGACCACGACCCAGCACGAGCUUAGCCAGACUAACUCCCAGAAGCAAAACUUUGAGCAGCGGUUGGCGCAGCUGCGGCAACAGUACGAAAAGGAGGCUCAAGACACACACGCGCUGGAGGAGAAGCUUAGAAACUCGCGGGCCGAUACUAAGAAGUUGCAGGGAGAAUGCAUGAGUCUGGAAGGACAGCUGCGAGACAUUCAGGGCCAGCAUCAACAGGUCCUGGCUGCCCUCCAGGCUGACCAGCAGGAGAAUGCCAACCUGAGGGAGCGAAUCCGCCGGGCGAAUGCCGAGGUUGCCGAACUCAAGCCUCAACUGGAAAAACUCAAGUUGGACGCCAGACAGCAGAAGGGCCUCGUCGCGAUUAACAAGAAGCAGUUAUCCACCACUGAGGGAGAGCGCGACAAGCUCAAGGCGGAGGCCGAGUCUCUGGCCAGGAGCGCCGAGGACAUCUCUCGCCAAGCAGAGACGGGCUCGCCGGUGUCCACGUCGGCCCAGAUGGCCAGCCCUGCGCUCUCGACUUCCAGCGGCAACAACCCCUUCUUCAAGCGCUCCGCCAGCACAGACAUCAUGGGCGUCUUCGGUCCGCCACUUGGUCCGCCACCCCCGAGCAGGGCCUUCUCCGACCGGUCCUUUGACGACUUGUUUGGCCCCGCCGGCCCCGUCAGCUCCAGCGGCACUCCCCCGCCAGUUGCAGCCUUCAGACAACAGAACACGGGGCAGUCAUCAGUUAGUGUUGGAUCCUUUUCUAACAACUCAGGGCCGACCCCUCAUGUCAGCCGCGUCACAACGCUGAGUGCUGAACCUCCUGCGCCGCCAGAGUCCAGACAACUAAGCUCGAGCUUCUUGCCGUUCCCCGAGCACAACGAGUCACUGUCUUCCUCUCGACAAGUGUCUCCCCCUACCUCCUCACGCGCCGAAGGCUCGGCGUCCGGCUCAUACCCUUUCCCCGGCGGCGUGCCAUCCGGCGAAGCAGAGGCCGGGACUCCUGCGGCCGCCGCUUCCAGUGAAGAGGAGGAGAAGCAUGAUAGUGCCAGCGCGACCCCUGUCCCGGCCGCCCAAGGCGAUAGCUCGCAGAAGCCCGCGGAGGGAGAAGCCCAGGAUCGAUCCGGCUCAUUUGACAAUACUGACCAUGCUAAGGCCAAGGCAGACUUUGACAAUGCAUUUGCCGCCUUCACCUCGACCAAGGCCUCCGGCAAUGGCGCCGACAAGGGAUCCGCUGCCGUGAAGCCCCAGAACGCUUUCGACAACGCCUUUGACACGGAAUUCCCUCCCAUCUCGGAGCUUGAGCGAGAUGUGUCUGAGUCCGAUAGUGAGAGGGGCGGAUUUGACGAUGACUUCGCGCCCGCGUCGCCAGAGAACAAGGCCAAGGAGAAGCAGGCCGCCGCUUCGGAGCCAACUCCUGAGUCUCAGAGACCUGCUACCGAGGCCACUGAUUCCCCUUUGCCACCAUCUCAGGAUGUGCCAACUACCCACGAGGGUGAAGCCAAAAGCGCGGAACUGUCCUCUUCACCCGCCACGAUAACCAACAACAACAGCAGCAUCUCCCAGACCUCAAACGCAGAUGACAUCUUUGGUUCCAGCACGCUGCCAGCCUCUGGUAACCAAGGCCAGCCUCCUGCCUCCAAGGGCGCCUUUGACGACCUUGACGAUGAUUUCGAGGGCCUGGAGGAUGCCAAGGAAGGCUCCGCAGAUGACGACUUUGCCAACAUUUCGCGCUCUGGCCUGGACGACUACAACCCCAUGUUUGACAGCAGUCCCCCCGCCAGCCAAGCCAAGAGCGAGUCCACGGCAUUUGGCAAUGAAAGCAGCUUUGACUUCAUCUCUUCCAACUCAGCCGCUAGCGCUCCCGGCCAGUCCAGCAACGGACAGCAAAGGGGGGCUGAGGCUCACGACUGGGACGCCAUCUUCUCUACACUAGACUCGCCCACCGUUCCCGCAGCACAGCCUGUGCACAGCAACAACACGGGUCCUCCAAAGGAAGAGAAUGCCGACGCUCGCCCCCCUGCUCCUGGACGUGCCCUCACGGAAGCAGGAGAGCACGACGACCCGAUCCUGAAGAACUUGACCAGCAUGGGUUACUCACGUCCUGACGCCCUUGCCGCGCUCGAGAAGUAUGACUAUAACUUGGAAAGGGCCGCCAACUUUCUCGCCAGCCAGUCUUAGAAGGAAAUCAAGAAUGGUGAUGUAACUUGCUCUUGAAUACAGAAAAGUUGUUCAUCAUGGUAGAUGGGGAAAGUCACGGCAACACACAGCAAGCUGCUCGUUCGUUCUUUUGUAGCAUAGGAAUGGGAGGCGGGGGUCUCUGAAUUUUUGUUGACAUUGUUCUUUUUUCCUUUGCUCUUUAUAUCCUUGUUCUUUUUCUUGUUGCAAUGAAGGGUCAGAAUGUAUCUGUACGAGGUUGUCGCUGUCGCUGCUCUGCUUCGGCU